CCGCCCCCCGAGCUGGGGGUGCCGUUGGGAAGCCGCUGCAGCCGCUGCUCUAGCAGCCCCGUCGCUUCCAGCCUACAGCCGGCGCGGAGCAGAGCGGGGGACUGCCCGGUAUCGGUCCCGGCCCGCUGAAAGUCACCAUGCCCUCCACCUCUGCCUCGGGCUCGGCCGGCCGCCCCGCGCCCGACUACUGGAUCGACGGCUCUAACAAGGACACCCUGACACACUACUUCGAUCUGGAGUCCGAGCUGGGACGUGGGGCUACAUCCAUUGUCUACAGAUGCAGGCAGAAAGGGACCCAGAAACAUUACGCCAUCAAAAAGUUGAAGAAGACAAUAGACAAGAAAAUUGUUCGUACGGAAAUUGGAGUUCUUCUUCGCCUCUCACAUCCCAACAUUAUAAAACUGAAGGAGAUAUUUGAGACCCCUACAGAUAUCAGCCUUGUUCUGGAAUUGGUCACAGGUGGAGAACUAUUUGACAGGAUUGUGGAAAAGGGUUAUUACAGUGAACGAGAUGCUGCUGAUGCUGUUAAACAGAUCCUGGAAGCGGUUGCAUACCUGCAUGCAAAUGGGAUUGUGCAUCGUGAUUUGAAGCCAGAAAAUCUGCUCUAUGCAACACCAGCCCCAGAUGCACCACUGAAAAUAGCUGAUUUUGGGCUUUCCAAGAUUGUGGAAGAUCAGGUGACCAUGAAGACAGUUUGUGGAACUCCAGGGUACUGCGCACCAGAGAUACUACGAGGAUGUGCCUAUGGCCCCGAAGUGGACAUGUGGUCUCUAGGGAUCAUCACCUACAUUCUACUUUGUGGCUUUGAACCAUUUUAUGAUGAAAGGGGAGAUCAGUACAUAUAUAAGAGAACCCUGAACUGUGAAUAUGACUUUGUGUCCCCCUGGUGGGAUGACGUGUCUCUGAAUGCCAAGGAUUUAGUUAAAAAGUUAAUUGUUUUAGAUCCCAAGAAACGCCUCACCACUCUACAGGCUUUGCAACAUCCAUGGGUCACAGGAAAAGCAACAAAUUUUGCACACAUGGACAACGCACAAAAGAAGCUUCAAGAAUUCAAUGCUCGGCGUAAACUUAAGGCUGCAGUAAAAGCUGUUGUGGCAUCAACUCGUCUUGGCAGCGCCAGCAGUCACAGCGCUCAUGACAGCAACAAACCCAGCUGUAGUGCAUCUCCUAUCCGUGACAGCAAGCCUGAAGAGAAAUCCACUCAGGAAGCAGAAGCAGCUCCAGAAGAAAUGUCUUAAGUCAAUGCACUCCCUUAUUACAGCUGAGAUCUGUCAUUUCAUACACCAGCUAACUUGUCAUUCAGCAGGACAGAUUCGUAAGCUUGACCUCUCUGGUUCUGCUUUGGGGUGCCAAAUGCACUGCUGGUGAUUCUACCUUCAAUGCAUGUGACUACUUAUGAAAAUAAUAAACUGUUCCAUAAGGCAUGUCAAGGAAACCGUGUUAUUUGCAGUAAUGCUGGCAGGCAAAAAUAUGGGGAUGAAUAACUACCUACCAUGAUAUGUAUAUUUCAUAUACAUCUCUACAGUGUUUCUAGAUGUUGUUUGAAACAAAUACUAUUUAAUUCAGUUUAUGGAAGUAAGUGUCUUCUGUACGUCAUGAUUUUCUUUGAACUGCUUCCUUCCAUAUUCAUAAUCCUAUAGUAGGCAAAAUGGAAGGAAAUACCAAACCAGUGCUUUUAAAAAAUGUUGUAUGAAAUAAUGCUUUUUACCUGUAAAAUUUAAAAAGUAUUUGGGGAUUUAUAUGCAAGAAACAUUCCACUAUUUCUGGGAAGAAACUAGAAUAUUAGUUCUGCUGGGCAUGAAAAUGUAUGUUCCUCAAGCUUCUGUUGAGAAUGCCUUACUCUGAAUUUUCGUGUUUAUAUACAACACUUUAAUGACAACCAAAAUUACUCAGCUUCCUGCUAUUUCAUUCUCUAGUAAAGCAUUAGCCAAACAAAAUGACAGAGAAAUGGGGGAUUAAAGUAGAUUUUUGGAAUACUGUUGCAUUUAUUUGUGACUUUCUA